AUGGAUGGCGAGGAGAUCGACACUGAUCUGAAAAUUAGAGUCCUGGAGCAGCAAAGUGCAUUGUCCAAGGUUCUCUCUACAGACCGCAAAGUGCGACACCUACUCCCUUCAUGGCAGGACCUGGAGGUCUUGGAAUCUGUAAACAAGGCACUAAGCCCACUCCAGGACUUUACGGAUGCCUUAUCGGGUGAACGUUAUGUGGGCAUAUCUUGUGUGAAACCUGCUCUGCAUCUUCUGAACACCUCAGUGCUGGCUGAAGACGAAGCAGACACUGACCUGACCAAAUCACUGAAAUCAAAAAUUCUUAGCUACCUCAACAACAAAUAUGAAGGCAUGCAGGACUUGCUAAACUUCACCACUUUCCUAGACGCAAGGUUCCGAACACAAUACAUCGCUGAAGAAGUGACCCAGACCUUAAAGGAACGAGCCAUCUCUGAGUUGAUAGAAAUUCACCACCAGCCGUCUGUAGCCCAAAGCACUGCAGUGACGGAGAAUGAUAGCAUGGAUGUGGAAAGUCCACCUGCUGCUAAAGCCAAGAAGAAAACUCUGGCCAGUUUCUUCAAGGAAACCACAUGCACAGCACCAAGAGCAUCACUGUCAUCCACAUUUGAUUCCAUGGCACAGUUUAGAGAAACCGUGGCCGCUGAACUUGAUGCUUACAUUUACAUGCCAUGUGUAGACCAUGGAGAAGAUCCACUGAAAUGGUGGAAGUUCCACAAAGUAAGCUUCCCUAGGCUAUGCAAACUAGUACAGAAAUAUCUGGGCAUACAAGCAACAAGCUCUGUAUCAGAGAGCGCUUUUAGCACUAGUGGUGAUGUUGUGUCGAAUCAUCGCUCCUCUCUGAAACCAGAGAAAGUGGAUAUGCUUGUCUUUUGGGCAAAAAACCUCUAA